GGAACGAAUUCUCUGAUUGGCUGUGUCUCUUAAAAGAACGAUACACUUUUUGUCUUUUAUUUUCUUUUGAAGAAGCCUAUUGGAUAUUAACAUCCUCCAAGACGUGAAAGCCAACUCGGGUUUCGGAUCAACGUCUUGUUAACGUCAGUCAUGAAAAUGAAAAAGUUUCUGUGCUGUUUUUCUACAAAAGAAGGAAGCAUAAUGUGCGGGAUUGGAUCACUGAUUAUUGGGAUACUAAGGAUUUACUUCCUCUGGUUCAAUAUGUUAUUCUUACACAGACUUACUAAAACACAAAUAGCAGACCUCCCUGUGCCAAUYAAUGUUUUGUCUACAAUCAGCUACAUCCAGACAGCAGUCUCAGCAAUUACAAUCAUUGUUGCUGUUCUGUUAUUACUUGGUACAGUCAAGAGCAAAAAGAAACUUUUGCUUCCAUGGAUUUGUUGGGUAGUUUUUGAAGAAUUUUUGGAUGUCAUUAUUGUCAUGUAUUACAUCAUCAAGACAAUCAAGCUCAGGGCCUCAGUUUACAUUGGUGACAGUGUGUUCUUGGUGAUCAACAUGUACUGUGUUUUAUGCGUGUUUUCAUUUUACAAGCACCUCAAACAACAAGAUAACAAGACACCUAUGUACCGCUUUCAAAUUGCUUCUGAUAGUGAAGAUGAUGAGAUUCUUUUGCCUUCAAGUCAAGUCAUCUAAAAUAAUCUAUAAUUCAUUACUAUGGAUUUAAACUAAAAAAUAUCAGAAGUUAUAGCAYGAGUCAAAAUCAGUGUUUCUGAUUGAGUAAUCAUGGAAAGCACAAUUCUACUGAGAGUUUUAUCUGUGCUGCCAAUGAAGCAAUUGUUUUMAAAUAGUAAAUAAUCAUAUAUUGUAAAAAAUAAGUGGAACCAAGGUAGAACUAAUGUUUCAAAUGACUUCAUCAUUUUUCUCUGACUAACCUCUAAAAUGUCAUUAAAGUUUCCUUAUUCUACUAGGAUAGAUUUACAGUGCGGCUACUGAAACCGGGGCCACCUAGAGAAUAUAAAAUCCCACAAUUUAGAUUGAAAACAAAGGAUUCAGACUAAGGAAACCUCAUCUCAUUAAGCUUUAGUUCUUUGAAAUAUCACUGAUCAUCGUUUUUUAGCUUUUUAAGCCUUGUUUUCAAUGGAAAUUGUGAUUAUUUUACAUUCUCUAGGUGGCCCCAGUUUCAGUAGCCGCACUGUAUGAAGAAUUUGAUUUCAUCCUGGCACUUUAUCCAUAGAAUGCCGUGUUGUAAAUGUGCUUUCAAUAAUUCUAUACAAAUGAUCCAAAUUAACAGUAUAUUUUAUAAGACAAAAUUAUUAUCAUUGCUAUCAUAAAACACCAUAAACUACUCUAUUAUUAUCUACUUAGUUUAUCAGUUCAAGGUUAUAAUUCCUACACCCWAUUUUACUGAAUGUGUAGAGCUAUUUGGUCAUUUUCUUAAAUGGGGCAUCAGUCAAGUCUUAUGUCUUGCUUGCAGAAUCUCCUCCAAUAAGAACUCUUUAAAUAUUUUGAUUAUAGUACACCAAUAACAUUGUUAUUCUUGUUU